AAACGUGACGUUGUCUUCCUACGUACUACUUCUGCAAACAUUUUAAAUUAUCCAGCAACAGUAGCCUACACACCUGAAGCCAAAAUGUCAGUAAAGAACUCCAAGCCAAACCUCAGUCACCCCCAGGUGUCUGAGAUGGUGAAGCGUGUGUUCGGCUUGACCCCAUCGCUGAUUCGCUCACUUCCCAGCUACGACGAUCAAAACUUCUUUGUGGGUACCAGCGAAGGUGGGGAGUAUGUGCUGAAGGUGAUGAACUCUGCUGACAGUCAAAACUCUACCCUGCUGGAGUUGCAGACCCACGCCAUGACCUUUCUGCACCAGCGGGGUCUUCCAGCUCAGACAGCCCUCCCCACCUGCACAGGACAACUCAUGAGUCUGGAAGAGAUCGACUGUGGGUUUGGCAUUCAUAAGUACCUUGUCCGGCUACUGACUUAUUUGCCUGGGUCCGUCAUUGCAAAGAUCCCCUGCUCACCGCAAGUACUGUAUGAAGUAGGCAAAAUGGCUGCCAAGAUAGACACAAUCAUGCAGGAGAUGGAGCAUCCUCAGCUUCCGAGUCUGCAGAGGAAAAACUUCAUUUGGAACCUGUCCAGUAUUCCACUCCUGGAGCCCUACAUCCCUUUAAUGGAUGGAGACCCAGUUCAGGAAGUGGUGAAGGCAGUCAUGGAGCAGUACAGAACACGCGUCAUUCCCAAACUAGAUUAUUUUAGGAAGUGUAUCAAUCACGGAGAUUUCAACGACCACAACAUCUUGGCGCAACCCGACGGUUCAGCUGGCUACAAGAUCUCCGGCAUCCUGGACUUUGGCGACAUGAGCAGCGGGUAUUAUGUGUUUGAGCUAGCCAUCGCCAUCAUGUACAUGAUGAUCGAGAACCCCAGUCCCCUGGACGUUGGAGGCCCUGUGCUGGCAGGCUGGGAGAGCGUCUUCCCCCUCAACGAGGCGGAGAAAGAGGCUCUCUACCUAUUGGUGCUGUGCCGCUUUUGCCAGUCCCUCGUCCUGGCCCGGCAUGCUGUGGUCCAACAGCCCGAGAACGAGGAGUACUUGAUGACCACGGCGAAGACGGGCAUCCGCCACCUUUGUCGGCUCUGGGAACUUGGCGAGGAGGAAGUCGCGGCGAAAUGGUUUCGUGGUGCUGCCCAGUACGCAGAGAGUGACAAAUCCAACAUAGUAGGUGUGGAAUGACGUGCUGUGUGUCUUAACUAGAACAGUGGGACUUACCGGUUCAGGUUCUGGGUUUAUAAAGGUUAGACAAUAGGGGUGGUGGGGGGGCAAAUCGAUUCACAUUUGAAUCGCGAUUCAGUCUGCUAGUAAUUCAGAACGAUUCACAAAUGUAUGUGAAUCAGUUUUUUUAAUGUUUAGUUGUAUGUAUAUAUACAUACAAUGUAUGUACAUACAUUAGUUUUUCCCCCCCGAAAAAUCAUGAAUAGAUUUUUAAUCAAAUCUUGGCCUUAAGAAUCAAUUCUAAUUUAAUCGUGAGGUACCAAAAGAUUCCCACCCCUUUUAGACAACCAGCUGAUUGAAGAGAGAAUUCAUUUACACCUUGACGAUAACAAUAACCAGUUCAGUCACAGUAGUAGUAGCAAAGUCUCUCUGAGACAUGAAGGUCAGAGGAAGCAACCACAACUGUAUUUAAGGAAGACUUACCAUACCAGGACUGGUAAAUGCUAGGCCUAGAAGGUAAACUGGAAUGGCUCAACUCUGCUGUCCAGCCUGUACUGCUAGCAACUGUCCUGCUCAUUGCUCUGGAUAGAAACCUCUGCUAAAUGAAAAAGAUAUUUUGAUCAAAAUAAGUUCAGCGUUUACACCAAUACACCCCUCAAAGGUCCAGUCUUCCCCGUACAUAGUUUCACUCAUGCAAUAAUACUUUGUACCCCUGAGCUGUGAUGAAUUGUAACUAUAUUUCUGUAGUUCCUAUGUAACUCAAAUGUUGUUAUUGAUAUGUAUUUACAUGGUUGGUAAUGCAGCCUUAUUAUAAAGUGCCAAAGGAAUCUUAGUACUGUGUUUGAGCAUUGUCAUGUGAAAGUAUUCAUUCUGAAAAGAUUGUAACAACAGACAAAAGUCUGAUAAUUGAUAUCCUUGCAACUGAUGUGAAGGGUUGAAUCCUUCUGAAAAUAUGAAAAAGGUGUAUUUGGGGACAGUAAGUUUAUGGUUUGAUGGGUACAUCUGGAGUACACAAAGAUUAAUAAGUCUUUAUCCAAGAAUUGCUUAUAAAAAAAAGAUCUGUUGUUUUUAUAGGCACAUUAUCAAUCACCAGACUAUAAUGAUGAUACGGUUUCCCCUGUUUUGGCUUUAAGCCCAAAAUAGGGACGAAUUAUUGCUGUGCUAAUUGUUUGUUUUCGUUUCCAUUCAAGACUACAAUUCUAGGUUUAGACUCACUGGGGUAUUUGAUCUCCCCAUUGCAGAACAGUAAAGCUGUGAGUUCAGUUCAAUGGACAGAGCAAUUGGCUUCUCACAUCACUUAUUUGGAGACGUGCAUGAUUCCGACAGUACUGCGCCUACUAUCAUUCACUCCCUUUGUUGUAAAGUCUACUUCUUGCAAGCACUUUUUACACCAUCGCAGCAACCAUUUUGUGUCCUAUUGUAAAGAAGGUGGAGGAUGCUGUUGCGUUGCACAACAAUUCCAUGAAUUACCUUGAUUUUCAGAUAUUAAAACAAUAAAUAAACAGCCGUAUGAAAGUACUAGAUGCAUGAUUUUAUCCUGAUACAUUUCUUUUCUGCAAGCACUGUUGUCUUUUGUGAUGAGUUGAACACUCCAUUCUCCAUUAGUGCUGGCAGCCAAGUGGGGCCCUUAUCCUAAAAGGGUGCCUGGGUGACACAAAUGACCUCUUAUUAUAUCCUUGUGUUGAUUGUUCCCACUGUGAUGAUCAACAAUUCUCCCCACGUGCUUGUUAUUCUGUUAAAUGCCUCAAUAAAAAUGCAUUUAAAAGUGUAUUAUUAGGGCAUGAACGAUAUACAUUUUGUUUUUGUCCGCCAUCAUGUACCUUUAAUUACGGUUCUAGAUCUUCUAAAUGUGUGUGUGCGAGAGAAAUUAUAUUUUGUGUUUGAUUCAUUUGAAACUGGGACCAGUGUUUCUACGAAGCCUGAGCACCUGAAUGUGAGGGCUGACAAAUAAAAUUGUAGUACUAACAGUGGAAGUGAUAGCUUUAUCAGUUGGUGAUAGCAUGAGCUUUUUCCUGCAUCCACUGAUGUACAAAAAAAGCACUACGAGUAUUUUGGGGUUGUACAGAAUAAAAAAUGACA